AUGAAUGAUGAGCAACAUCGACCAGCAAUUGAUAGAUGUCAACUUUACUGGCGGGGUGAAAGCUUUCUGUCGGUUCACACUGUAUUCAUAGAUUUUACAGUCAUAAUCAAACCCUCAGAUACAGAAGUUAAAAAGUGUGGAUCACUGGGUACGAACACUAAACCCAAGGGCAGACACAGUCGCUGCGUAAAUUUCGAAGAAAAACUGAACCUCACUCUUAACUCGUUGCCAAACAAACAAAGUUAA